GCCCUCAUUACAGUGUAGGUACCAUAGUAGAGAGUGAGUGUUUGCAGCCCUAAUAGAGGUAAAAUGUGAUUGAAAGCUUUUGUUCCUUGGCACUAUAAUACGGGGCAUAUAAUACCGGGAGAUGUGUAUGACGCAGUAUAUCUCCAUUUGGUAUUUCUAAGCCAAGAAGUGGCCCCUAGUUCCGAGCAGUGACACCAUGGAGAAGGAAGCCGGUAGCAAGAUGACAGCCUCCACCGAGGGCCAAGCGCGGUACGGCCAGUCUGUGAAAGGGCUGCUCACUGAGAAAGUCAGUACGUGUGGGGCGGAUGUGAUUGCGCUCACUAAGCAAGUGCUGAAGGGAUCGCACAGCUCUGAGCUUCUUGGGCAGGCUGCUAGAAAUAUGGUGAUGCAAGAAGAUUCAAUCCUACACUCAGAGGAUAGCUUGAGGAAAAUGGCAAUUAUUACCACACAUCUACAGUACCAGCAAGAAGCAAUACAAAAGAAUGUUGAACAAUCAUCAAACCUUCAGGAUCAGCUGAAACAUCUGCUGAAAUGAGAAGGAAAAGGCCUUACAGCGUAACCUGCUUCCUGAUACGCCAUUCACACUGGAACUUUGAUUUAUCAGUGGCAUAUUCUCUGCUCAGUGUUCAAGUAAUUCAGUGAAUUCUUGUAAAUCCAAGGACUUCAUUCUGAAUGAUACAGAAUGUUUACAUUUGAAGAUGGAGCCACAGAAGCCCCCUAUUGCUUAGGGGUUAUUCAUAAGGAAAAAUGUCAGGCUGAUGAAAUUGUAUGGCAGUUGAUUUAACUUUUCUGUUUUUGCCAUCCCUUGGCCAGCUUGCCUGCUCCCUUACCUAUAUGUGUUAGGCCCCGGCCACAGACAGUUACAAUUAUAAAGGCCUCCGUCCAUCUAAACCUUUCUCUCAUUCUGGUCUGCAAAUAGAAUCUGUUUCUGCUAAAUUAGGGAAUCUGUUUCUGCUAAAUUAGGGACAAUUGCCUUAUAAGCUGUAGGCUGAAUGGAACAAUAACAUUUUAGGAUUUGCCUAAAAUGGAUGUACCCAUGGAAAGGGCAUAAGCUGUUAGCCUAUAGGUUGCAGGAGUACAUGGAAGAGCUACACCUCUAAUGUUGUCAUCUGAGUCUCCAUAUCUUCUAAUGUCAAUUCCCCAUCAACACAAAUGCUCAAGUGUGAAGGAUUCCCUUGCACCUGUUGGGCAAAUGCAGAACUGGGCAGCCAGUCUGGCAGCCUCCAUGAUCAGUCAUGUUGCACCUAAGAGAUACAGGUGAAAGAUUCUAAGAUCUUUGGAAAAAAAUGCUACUUAAAUUUGUAAUACUCACUCAUGAUUAUAGUAUCCUAUGGUUUGUAUUGCAUCUCUGUCUUAAUGGUUUCCUCAUUCAUUUAAUUUAUUAAAAUAAAUAUUGAUAUUUUUUAGUUUUGCUUUUGUUUGAAUACUUAAUUGCCUAUUCGACAAUUUUUAUAAAAAAGAGACGCACAAAGGCUUACAUUGUUGUGUGCACAGAAUAGCCAGUGUCUGUGUAAUUGUAUUUAUAUAUCCAUAUUCCAUAGCCUACAGUAUCAACAGCACUCCUAGCAGUUACAGCUCUUUCUUCUGUGUUUCUGUCUGUGCCUCAGCAAGGGUAGUCACCAUCUUUAAUAGUAAGUCUACUUGUUUAAAGACGCUUAUGCCAUCUAAAUGUAAUGAUCCUGAUAAAUUAGAGUCUGUAAGUCAAAUGACUGCUACUUGCCCUGCAUUUGUAAUACUGUUAUUACCUUUGUAAGCACUGAAAUAGUCUAAUAAAAUUCAAAUUGAGUUCUUU